AUGUGCAAAGAUGUUGAAGUGUUCUCUGGGGACGAACCAAAAAAAGUUAUUGAAAAACUUAUGAAGAAAUCACAAUCGAAAAAUAUAAAACAAUCAAUGAAACCUAGUAGAGACAUGAUGUAUCAGGAUCAAGAGGAUAGUCUGAUAGAUGCUAAAGAACAAAUGAAGCAAGAAAAGUUAUCGAGGAUCAUGGCGACAAUCACUCUGCUAUUGGCGGAUGGUGCGGACCCUCGUAUUAUUCGAUGUCCUCAGCCGCCACUGUUCAUGGCUGCGGUAGCCGGCUGUCCAGACCUCGUGCAAGACUUAGUGAAACAUGGUGCUGAUGUUAAUGAAGUUUAUCCUCAAGCAUAUGAAUACUCGGCAUUGGACAUAGCAGUCAGUGCACCGGUCAGUUACGAAAACUUGUCGGUGAUUCGUGCAUUACUGGAGUGUGGAGCCAAUCCAGACCACCGCCUAAAGAUCCCAGAAACAGCAUCACCUUCACCCACUGCUCCAAGUGCAACAUCUCCUGAAAUAAUCGACGCUGGUCCAACUUUACUGCACGCAGUACUUUCAAAGAAAAUUGAUAUUGCCGACCCUGAUGAUACACAUUUGUUUGAAAUACGUGAUAAAAUGAUUGAAUUACUCCUCAAACAUGGCUGCAAUCCAAUAACCCAAUACAAUGGCGUCUCGGCUGUGGAUCUCGCUAUGAAUAAGUGUCUGGACCUAUUUGAUAUAUUCGUGAAAAGCCCCCGAACCGACCUAAAUGCAAUCAUCAAUGACUUAAAUCAGACUAUACUGGUGAAGAUGUUCUAUUUACCCUUCUGCAAGAGUAUCCCUUUAACGGAACGAUUACAGACGUUGACAAAUCUGCUGCUGUAUGGUGCAGAUCCAUUGCUGAAAUGCCAAAAUGGAAUAGAAGAAUAUGGGAAUCUGUUUGUCUUUGCAAGAAAAAUGUUAAGUGAUGUAGAAACAACUCGGAAAUCAGUCAAUCCAGCAGCAGUAAAGAAAUCUAAGAGCGAUGCGAAAACUAAGAAAGACAAGAAGGACGCUCCAUCAAAACACGGUUUGUUAAAAACCAGUGACGACAAUCAAGGAGAUUAUAAGCAAGCCUUGGAACUGGUGGUUGACUGCGCCAGGUUACUGUACAUCCGAUGGUUACAAGCUAAGCUCAUGAAGGAGCUGAUUGAUAUUGUUAACAAGUAUCGCCAUCGUUCAUGGAACAUGAUAAUAAAGGAACAUAAAAACAAAAAGUGCACAGGGCUCUGGCUGACUGUUGUCCGUAGCCUCGAAAUUUGGGACGUUUUAAAAACAUCAAAGAAAAAACUUUACAAUGAUGAAAAAAUCCUGAAACAAGUCCUAUGUAUUAUUCAUUUUUACUAUAAAAGGACGAGGAAGAUUAUACGCAUACCUUUGACGUUCCAAGAUAAAGAAAUAAUAGACCGUGAAGUAGCCACUUUAAUUCAUGAACAUAAGUUGGCCACAAUUUCGACGCCGGACAUGGUUCCUGCUAUACGACCUUACGUAGCUCCAGAACUUACCGUAAAGGGGAUAGAGAAGUUCAACGUUUGUUUUGAAUGUGCAUUGCCUUUACAAGAUUCAAAAAUCAUAUGCGGCUCAUGUAAAUUAAUCGAUUUUUGCUCUGUGGAUUGCAUUGCACGAAACAUCGAAAGGAUUAAUUGCCAUCCAUGCAGCAGCUUUCUGAAACACAAAUACUUCCCCACACCAGAACCUACGGUAACUGACACUGCAGAAGAUUCUGAAAACAAAACAUAA